AUAUGUGUAAAUGUUAAGAAGCUUGGUGGAAUUAUGAUCAUCAUCUUUUAGUUAAACAUUUUGUUGAUCGGUGGGGAGAACCCACAAAUACCCAUCAAAAUUCCCUUCUGAUCAUCUUCUUCCCCCGCCAACAAUGACACCAAAUUUCUUCUCCGGAAUCCCAGACGACGUCGUUCUCAACAUCUUUUCCAAGCUAGAAGACGACCCCCGAAACUGGGCUCGUCUCGCCUGUGUCUGCACCAAAUUCUCCUCUCUCAUCCGUAAUAUCUGCUGGAAGAUCAAGUGUUAUAACGCCCUCCCCGCUGUCGUCUCCGAUUUUCUCUCCAUCCCCGGCGACUGGGCCUCCCUCUACAAACUCUUAGUCUGCUGCCCGGGCCUGCUCCAUGCCGGUGUCCUCCUUGACAACUCCGAUUUUGGGCUCGACCUCGAGCUCGGACCUGACGAGAAUGACCAAACUUUACCUCAUUCUCAGGGGUUGAAUCCCGUUCCAGAUCCACCCUGUUCGAGUAAUCCAGAGGGAUUCCCAUCUGGGUCUGAUUGUUCUUGGUCUCUUUUCGACGAUCUGUAUUUCGACACGGUGUAUAACCCCUCCGAUUGUGUAGAUGAUGUUGCGGAAACGGAGGAAAAAAGGGCGGUUGAAGGUGUUGGGAAAUUCUGGGUUAGUAAGAAGAGGAAGAUUUGUAGAUCGAUGAGAUCUCAUUUGGCAUCAGGGGUUUGGAAUCUGAGUAGAGAACAAGGGAAUAAACUGCUGGCGAGUAGAUUUCGAGGCGAUUGCUUGUAUAUGUGUGAGUGGCCGGGGUGUGUUCAUAUUGAGGAGAAGAGAAAUUACAUGGUGUUCAGAGGGGUAUUCAUGAAUUUCAAGAGAUCCCGUGUGUGGAGAACGGUAAACGAAGGAAGACGAAGGAAGAUUGAUGUGAAUUGUGCGUUUUGUUCGUGUAAGGAGACAUGGGAUCUGCACUCAGCCUUCUGUUUGAGGCGGGUGUUCGGGUAUCAUGACGACGGCGAGCCGGUGGUCCGAGCUUACGUUUGUGAGAAUGGACAUGUAGCCGGAGCAUGGACGGAUUGGCCGUUGUACACUUGAUGGGUAUUUUAGUAAUUACAUAUUAUAAUGUGGGUUUGAUUUUUUUUUCUUUUUUUUCAUUUGGGUAAGAGGAUUUAGUUGGAGUGGCAUGAUUAUUUUUACUAAAAAUUCGAUUGUUCAACCUUGAUUUCUA